GGCCAGACGAGAGAGAGAGAAAGAGAGAGAAUACGAUGAUGAGAAACCAUGGGAGCGGGGGAUUGGGAGGGGGAGGAAUGCAGAAACUGAGGUUCCUAAUGGCAAAUCCGAAAUCUGGUCGUUGUGUCAGAUUUCCUACGCGAUCUCUGCGAUUUUCCGACGAAUUUGCAGUUUUGGGUCUGACUCCUUUUGCCUCUAAAGCCGAUGUUAAACAAGCCUACAAGCGAUUGGCUCUCAAGUAUCACCCAGAUGUGAUGAAAGGGGAGAACCUACACGUGAAACAGGACAUUUUCAGGGAAAUUAAAUCUUCAUACGAGAGCUUGAUGGAUAAGUUUGAAGAAGAAGAGCAACAAGUUCAGAUGGACUACUAUGACGAAUACGACGAAUGGGAUGAAUGGAUGGGAUUUGAAGGAGGCAUGCCCAUGGUUUAUAAUUCAUCCUAAGCCUCAAAGACAUGUUUGCAGCAUAGGAUGCAAGCAAUCCUCACAAAAUAUUGCAUCUUAAAUUCUUCUUCAGUGUAAUUUGUGUAAAUAUUGAGAAAAAAAAGGACAAGGAAUGUAAUAC